AUGGGCUGGUUUUGGGCAGAUACAACGCCCUCGCGACCCGUCGCCCCUCAUCCUAUUCCCGCGAAUGCAGAUGCAACACCACCGCCAUCAUGUCCCAUGCACAACAAGUCUGUAACUCCGCUGGCACCCGUACCUGCAACCCCCGCCGGCGCAUGUCCCUACGUCCCACCGGCCUCUGCCUCUGCCCCGAACAAUGAGGAACCAGUCAGCAGCGCCGCUCCUUCGUACGUUUCCAAGUUGAAUCCCCUCAAUUGGAUGCCACACUCCAUUUCGAAUACUCGCGAAGCAGACGAACAAAUUAUCGACCUUCCCCUCGAGCGCGAAACCUCUACAAUUCCCCGCGGCGAUGGAACCGGCGUUUGGGAGUAUCCCUCGCCACAACAGAUGUACAACGCCCUACUGCGAAAAGGAUUCAACGAUACACCCGCCGAGCACGUCGAAAGUAUGGUUUCUGUUCACAACUUUCUGAAUGAGGGCGCGUGGGAUGAGAUUAAAGGCUGGGAGGGACGAUUCUCGUCUGGACUACUAGCAGGCUGGAAUCGCUGUGCAAAGGGCGAGGAAGGAUAUGAGCGACAAGUUAUGCUGGAAACGCUUCGCCGYAGUAGAACACAGGAGGAUGAGCCAGAUCAGCCCAGCCUGAUGCGUUUCACCGGACGACCGAAGGAGAUGACGCCCAAGGCACGCAUGAUGCAGUUCAUGAGCAAGGUCUUUCCAGAUGACUACCCAAACAACCCGCCUUUUGAUCGCCAUGAUUGGUUCGUACAGAGAGUCAUGCCAGGAGGGAAGACGAAGGAAGUGCGGUAUGUCAUCGAUUACUACAGCGGACCGCCGGAGCCGACGGGUGAGCCGGUCUUUUACCUGGAUGUUAGGCCCGCUGUUGAUGGACCUACGAGCGCAUGUGAGAGAAUGAUGAGGUGGGGCGGUGAUGUGUGGUGGCGAGCAAGUGGAGGUAGUGUAAGGGAGGAGUUGGCUCGGCAGAAGAAAUAA